AGGGUAGUGUGUGCUUCAAAGGAAGACAGAAGAGAGUAUGAGAACGAGCAGGGAGGGAGCUGAUAUCUGAAUUCCAAGGGCCAUUUUCUGGCCAAGACAUCAAAGCUUCAAUGCUGUUCUUGUUCCUCCUGCUCUUCAAGGCACUUGUCUGGACCGGAGAAAGCACGGCUGCAUCCCAGACUCUGGAAUGGCAUCAUUCAACACCAGCAGAGCCCCUGACCUUCAGAAUAGUCCACAUCACCUCCUUUGCCAACCACAGUUGGGAGCACACCCAACUUUCAGCCUGGCUUGGUGAGCUGCAGACUCAUGCCUGGGACAAUGUCUCGGACACCAUUAGGUUUGAGAAGCCCUGGUCCCAUGCAUAUUUCAGCAAGGAGCAGUGGAAGAAGCUGCAGGCGCUGUUCCAGUUGUUUAUCCAUGGCUUCCCCCGGGAAGUGCAGAACUUUGCCAGCCAAUUUCAGUUUGAUUACCCGUUUGUGCUCCAGAUAUCUAGUGGGUGCACCAUGCAACCUGGGAAAGCCUACAAGAGCUUCUUAAAUGGAGCCUACCAGGGAUUAGAUCUCCUGAGUUUCCAAGGAAGUUCCUGGGAGCCAGCUCCAGGCUCAGGAAGGCGGGGUCAGAAUGUCUGCAGAGUGCUCAACCAAUACUUAAUCGUUAAGGAAAUAGUGCAUACCCUUCUCAGUGACUCCUGCCCCCGGUUUCUGGCAGGUCUUCUCGAAGCAGGGAAGUCAGAACUGGAGCUGCAAGUGAAGCCUGAAGUCUGGCUGUCCAGUGGCCCCAGUCCUGGGCCUGGCCAUCUGCAGCUGGUGUGUCACGUCUCUGGCUUCCAUCCAAAGCCUGUGUGGGUGAUGUGGAUGCGAGGAGAUCAAGAGCAAGCAGGCACUCGCCACAGUGAUAUCCUUCCCAAUGCGGAUGAGACCUGGUACCUGAGAGCAACCCUGGAUGUGGCAGCUGGGCAGACAGCUGGACUAUCUUGUCGAGUGAAACACAGCAGUCUAGGAGGCCACGACAUAGUUAUCCAUUGGGCAGGUGGACACUCCCUCCUCCCGACACUAAUGUGUCUGACUGUCGUAGUUGCCCUGGCCAUGGUCAUACUGCAAGCAUGUUGGAGAAAGCAAAGCUCAAAUAAGAGCGCUCUCUACCCCUACAUGCCCAACUCUGCCUUUCCUAUGGAAGCCAAGGCCCAGGACCCCAAGAGUCCAGCCCAUCAGCUCUACUUGGCACAAGAAUCAUGGAUCAAAGCCAGAAUCCGGAUGUGGAAAAUAAGCUUGAAUCAAUGAUGGUGACAUGUAUUUAUCUUACUUGCAAAAUUCUUGAAUAAGGUGUAAGGCUACUAAAGAAAAUAGAAUUUUAUUUAAGUUGCUUAUUCUGGCAGCUGCCAAUGGAGGGGGGAAUCUGUGCUUUUCAUCUUCUACAAUUUCUUUUCUGCUUUGAUCACAAGUUCAUUAUCACCAAUCCUUCAGGACUGAACUCAGAUGUUUCUUUCUCAUGGGCACUGCACAGAAUUGUCCAACUAAAAGCUCUUCUUUUAAAAUUAGAUCUUUAUCAACAGUUCCCUCAACCUCCUCUAAUCAUAGUGAGUUCAUGCUCUUCUCUUCCUCUCAAUUGCUUGAAAGUAGGCCUUGCAUGCACAUACCUGUGCAGGCAGGGACACAUACUUUGAGGAUACACCUAGGUUUAAUGCUCUACUGUGGCCAUCUUGUAUUGCAUCAUUUUCUAACAAGUGAUGGUGCAUUAUGGUUUUGCCCCAGUCCUCAUAAAUUGUGGUGUUAAUUCUGCUUGAAUGUAAUAGUUUUCAAUAAAUUCUGACUGAAUUCUGUGUAUUAGUAAAGUGAUUCUGCUUACUCUACUACCUUA